UAAAUCUGGAACUAAAUAAUAGAUGGACAUUCACCACCCACCAGAAUAUCACUCGAAUUAAUAGAAUGACCAAUUGAUUGUGUAAUCGAAUCGAUCGACUGGUCAAGCUCAUUUGAUCACAAUUUCCAUGAGUAAAUUGAAUGAAUAAAGAGAACAGAAAAACUCGAGCAAACUCAAUUCGAAUUUGUUUCAUUCUCUCUCUUCUCGAGAUUUCGAAUUGAUAUUAUUUCAAUUUCUUUUUUUGUACAUUUACCAUUUUCGAAGGUAACAAAUCGUCAUCACUGGAAAACAUCAACAGAAUCAACUCAAUUUUCACCAUAAACAUGAUAAAUAUUCGUGAGUCAGUUGAUAAAUAUAAUGAUUGUCACCAUUUUAUUUAAUCAUCUCGUUGACAGAUUAACCAAAUUUAGCCAGAAAUUGACUUUCUAUUUACAAUUUAAUCCUCAAUUAAAGUGAAACAUUGUCUCUAAUCAUCAAGUGUCUUCAAUAACAACAAAUCAUUUCAAUUGUUUACAUUAGUGAUUAACUGAUUCCUGAUGACCUUUUAAACCACCAAUCGACAAUUAGUGAUAAUUUAUAAAUAAAUAUAUAUUCCUCGUUUUAAUCCUUGACCAUUGAAACAAUUAACUGGUAAAAUCAACUGGUUGAUAUCUAUGGAUAUGAUUAAUCAAUCCAAUUGCUCAUAACUGUUGUAAAUAUUGUAAUUUGGUAAUUAUUAUCUCGUUGAUUUGAAAUCCUUUUUUUUUACACUAAUCAACAAUCAAUAUUGAUGGUAACAAUCAAAUUGAAUCAUGACAGAGCAAUUAAAGGAGACAAAUCAACAACUUGAAGUGACCAAAACAAGUGACCAAAACAAAACUCUGAAAAUGACCAAAGAAAAUGAUCUAACUGCUGGUGAAUUAACUAAUCAACAAACUGUUGACAAUUGUGAUGGUGAAAUUAAUUGUUCCAAGCAAUCAAUUAACAAUCUAUUUACAAUUCCAUGGGAUGAUAUUCUAUUCCCAUAUAUUUUGGAUCGAUUAUCAUGGAAGGAUCUUUAUCGAUUAAGAUCAGUUUCCCGUUCGAUGUUAAUGUUGAUCAAUGAUUAUUUUUCAUCUCUAUUGAUGAUUGAUUUAUCUCAAUUGUCAAAUCGUUUCACAUCUCAAGCGUUUAACAUUCUAACGGUUGAUUGUUACAAUUUACGGAUUCUCAAUCUAUCCAAUUGUAAAUGGAUUUCAAAUGAUCAAUUACAAAAUUUAAUUGAACAAAAUCCAAAUUUAACUAGUUUAAAUAUCUCAUCUUGUUUCGAUGUGACAAACAAUUGCCUUCAAAGACUCGCGGUCACUUGUAAGGGUCUUAAAUCAAUUGGAUUAAAGGAUUGCCAUUGGAUUAAUGCGAUCGCUGUUACACAUUUGGUUAUUAAUUGUCCCAAUUUGGAGGAAGUUGAUUUAACCAGUUGCUGGGAGAUUAGUGAUGAUGCUGCAAUUGAGAUGAUCUUUCGUUGUACCAAAUUAAGGCGAUUGUCACUUUCCAAGAUUUAUGGAAUCACAGAUCGAGUUCUGUUGGCCCUUUCGUCGCACUCCAAGUAUCUUGAAUAUCUCAAUAUCUCAGGGUGUUGGAGAGUAACUGAUCAUGGUGUUAGAAUGAUUGGUGAUUAUUGUAACAAUUUAAAGACGAUUAAGGUUGGUGAUUGUCGUGAUGUUUCAGAGGAAAGUUUAACCUUUUUGAGGAGCAAAGGGAUUAACGUUGAUGUACCAUUACCUCCAAGGCCUCGGAUCAAUCUAUUCAUUAGGAGUCUUGAGAUGUUACGACCUCAAAUGUGAUCAUAUCGAAUCUAUUAAUUUAUCUACCGUAUUUAUAACAAUUUAAAAUUUUCGAUGUAAACUGGACUUGACAAUUUAAUUCUUUUUCCUUCCUGUAAACAGCAUUGGCACUUUUAUCUUUGUCUUUAUCCUUGGUUACUUUUCCUUUUUGAUGAUGAUUCCUCUCUCCUGGUCAUCUCUUUUCCUUUUUUUGUUUUGUUGGUUUCCACAAAUUUAGAAAUUAAUUAAAAUAUAUAACAGCUACAA